GAAUAAUUCUUUCCAUUUCACUUGGCUUAAAAUACGGCGGAAAAAAAAAAAAAAAAACACGAGGCGCGUGAAAAAGUGAAAGCAUUUCCUGGAAGAAUCUCUGAUGCUGAAAAGUUUCUUCAGUAAUCAGUCGUUUCGUAAUGAAUUAACAAAUUUUGAUACUAAUAACUGGUCAUGAUUUGUAAUUUCUCAAAGCAUCUGAGUUAGGGUUUCCAAGUCGCCAUGGCAGAUUUCCAGACCUCGACUCAUCGCGCUAAGUGGAUCUUCACUCCUCAAGAAUUGGUUCAAAAAUACAAAGCUGCUAAUCAAAGAGCAAUACAAGCACUAGAGAAGUAUGGGGCAACGCUUAUGGAAGUAGAUAUGGAUGGGUCUUUGUCAUAUCCAACACCUCCAAUUAACUUGAAAGAUACUGCUGACAAGCAUUCUCGUUCGAAACCUCUUAAUAUUGAGGAAGAGCAAUAUAUAAGAGUGUUCUAUGAGAAUAAACUUCAAGAAGUUUGUAACAACUUCCACUUUCCUCAUAAAAUUCAGGCAACUGCUCUUAUAUAUUUCAAAAGAUUUUAUCUUCAAUGGUCAGUCAUGGAACAUCAUCCCAAAAACAUCAUGUUAACAUGCAUUUACGCAGCUUGUAAGAUAGAAGAAAAUCAUGUUUCAGCCGAGGAGCUUGGUAAGGGGAUCUCGCAGGAUCAUCAAUUGAUUCUCAAUAAUGAGAUGAUAGUUUAUCAGAGUUUAGAAUUUGAUCUUAUUGUGUAUGCGCCGUAUCGCUCGAUUGAUGGUUUUGUCGAUGACAUGGAGGAAUUCUGUCAAGCAAAAGAUGACCAACCUCAUAUGCUGAAGGCAUUACAUGAAACUGCAAGGAUGGAAGUUGACAAAAUCAUGCUUACUGAUGCACCUCUUCUAUUCCCUCCCGGGCAGCUGGCGUUGGCUGCUUUGCGUAGUUCAAAUGAGGUGCACCAAGUUGUCGACUUUGAGAGAUACCUGAGGAACAUUCUCUCUCGCCAGAGUUCUGCACAUACCAUUUCAGAGCUCAUUGAAUCACUAAAUGCACUAGAUACUUGGGCAAGGAGAUACCAGUUCCCGUCAGAAAAAGAUUUGAAGCACAUUAACCGGAAACUGAAAUCUUGUUGGGGUCUUGGCUCACACGACGAGAGUAAGAAACGGGAUAAGAAAUCAAAGCACAAAUCAAAGAAGAGUUCAAAUGAAACGCAACAUGUUGCUUCUCUUGCUGAAUCGUAAUGUUUAUUGAUUUCUCCACUGGAAGUCGGUUCCUUUCAGAGUCAAGCUAUAUAUCAGACAUUUGUGAAGGGAAAUUAAUUUCUAUCCUCUAAUCAGGGUUGUCUUUAUGUACCUUUUUUGUUUUGUUCUCGUACCACUUAGGCUGUUUGGAUAAUGAAAGUAUUUUAUUUCAUCUCAUUUUAUCGUUACAAUUUUUUUAAAUUUUUACACAAAAUAUAAUAAAUAAUUCAACUUUUUAAAAUUUUAAAAUAAUAAUAAUAUUAAAAAAUAAUAUUUUAUUCAACUUUUAAUUUUUAUCUAAAAUUAUCUCAUCUCAUCUCACUUUUCAAACUGCACCUUACUUAAAAUUUCGUAUGGCAUCCGAAGUUGCUGAUUUUUUUUUGCAACGAUUUUCAAUCGUAUUACGAAGAAUUUAUCAGCAAAAUUAUGGAAUCAGUUUCUGAUACAGUUUUUCCUAAAACUCACGCCAUUGAAGCAAUUUCAACAUCCUCGUACAUGGCCAUAUGUGAAUUUUAUCGAUAUGUGAUGAUUCUUUUAUGUUUUAAUGAUAGAAGAUUCUUAAUUUUAUCAAAUUGUGUUUUGAUUGUGUGUGGGUUAGUUUAUUCAACUUAUCAUGAAAAGACUUGUGUGACAACUUUUGGUUGGAAUGUUGUUUUUACGGUAUAUAUUAUCCCAUAAGACAGCUUACUACUUUUUAACUGUUCUUUUUUAUUUUUAUUGUUAUUUUUUUUUUAUUUUUAUAAAUUUGUAAUUAAUUAAUUAAUUUUUUUAUUUAAAGAUUAAGAAAGUAACUGUUAGUGAAAUUGUAUAUUUUUUUAAUUUUUUCUUAAUGACUAAGGAUGUUAAAAUAAUACUUAAGAGAAAAUAAUAAAAAAACAAAAAUUACAAAUAUACUAUUAAGUAGUAAGAAGGUAGUAAGUGUACUAUUACACUUCAUAAAAAUAUAAUAAACUUGAAAAUUUAUUUGAAUAUAAUUUUUAUUUUAAAAUGUGAAAAAUUUGUAUUAAUUUUUGUGGUGUUUAGAAGUUUGGAAAAAUUAUAAUUAUUAGAUAAUGAUUAAAUAAAAAUAUUGAAGAUUUAAAAUUGUAAAAUAUUUUAUAUUUAAGUAAUAUUUGAAAAGAAAAUAUCUGAAAAUACUUGUGAUUCUAAAUUUAACCAUAAUCUUAAAAAAUAUAAAAAAAAAAAGUAAAAGAAUGAUAAUAGAUAGUAAGUCUAUUCUUAUUGUUUUGUGAAAUAAAUAAACCUUUUUGCUUGGCCGGCUAAAAGGAAGUGAGAAAAAAACGAAGAAGAAAAGAAAAGAAAAAACCUAGGACAACGAGCAUAAAUACAGCGGUGCACAAUUGCCCAGAACGGCGUCGUCCAAUCUUCUUCUAAAACCCAAGAAGCACCUACGAAGACUUUGAAGAAGUGAAAAGCUUCGUCAAUGGCGUACUUGCUCUCCGUAAGCUUCUCUACGCCUCUCUGUAAUCCACGAAUCCAACUUCAGCUGGUGGUGGAUCACAAACUUUUGGUUUGCGCGACCUUCACGCUGGAUCACAAAAUGUCAAAUACCAAGAGUGGCGUUUUGUAUCACUUGAAGCACAUCCAAGGAGAUUAUCUCCUGGUAGACUCUCAAGGCAAGCAAAUGCCAGAACAGCUCCAAAGCUUCUUGCCACCUGCAAUGCAAAUAGCGGCAUUUUGUCUGUGAGUUGGAGCCAUCGCCAUCAUUUAGUGACACCCUCAAGAUAUGUCUAUGAAAUUGCUUCCUAUCCUUGGAAUGUAGGUUAUUAUACACAUAUGGUGAUGGCUGGUUAUUGGGUUGGACCUGAUCCUGAUGACGGUUGGGGCUUUGUUGAAGCUUUUGUCAAUCAAACCUUUUGAUUUUUGGUUUAUUUUGCUUACCUUACUAGAUGAAUGGCAAAUGUGGAAUGUUAGGUCA